CCCAUCCCAGUCCCCCUUGCUCCCCUCCCCCCCUUCCUUGGCCGCCAUGUUUUCUGACCGGGCCCGACUUUGGCUUCCCCCAUAAGGAAAUGGCCAAGGACUACCAAGGACCCCUGGGGCCGUCGCUACUAAGGAACCCAAGCUAACAAAGCUGGGGGGAAGCCAUGGGGUCUAGCAGUAACUGGUUGUCCGGAGUGAAUGUCGUGCUGGUGAUGGCCUACGGGACCUUGGUAUUUGUGCUGUUGUUCAUUUUUGUGAAGAGGCAGAUCAUGCGUUUUGCUAUGAAGUCUCGCCGGGGCCCUCACGUCCCCGUGGGGCACAACGCUCCCAAGGAUUUGAAGGAAGAGAUUGACAUCAGACUAUCCAAGGUCCAGGAUGUAAAGUAUGAACCCCAGCUUCUUGAAGAGGAUGAUGCCAGACUUUUGCAGCUGGAGACACCAGGAAAUCAACAUUGCUACAACUACCUGUAUAGGAUGAAAGCAUUGGAUGCCAUUCGUGCCUCUGAGAUCCCAUUCCAUUCAGAAGGCCGGCAUCCUCGUUCCCUGAUGGGCAAGAACUUCCGAUCCUAUCUGCUGGAGCUUCGAAACACAAGUACCCCCUUUAAGGGUGUCCGAAAAGCUCUCAUUGAUACCCUGCUAGAUGGCUAUGAGACAGCUAGAUAUGGAACUGGCGUCUUUGGCCAGGCUGAAUAUCUACACUAUCAGGAAGCACUGAGUGAACUGGCUGCCGCUGUCAAAGCCCGUGGUGGGAGUUCCCAGCGGCAGCACCAGUCAGCAGCUAAGGAUCUAACGCAGUCUCCUGAAGUUUCCUCCCCAACAACUAUCCAAGUCACCUAUCUGCCCUCCAGCCAAAAGAGUAAAAGAGCCAAGCACUUCCUAGAGCUGAAGAGUUUUAAGGAUAACUACAACACACUAGAGAGCACUCUCUGACUGCAUUUGGGGAUAGCCAUGGCCAACAUGGCUCCAGUAGGAGAAUCCAGUCUCAGUACCCAGGGACUUCUCCAGGGCAGGAGACACAGCAGCACUAAACAGCAUUGGUAUCAUUAUGUCCUCCCUUAGCUUAUCCCUCUGGUCUGCUGCAGAACUUCAGCUCCUCGAGGCCCUCUUUCCCUCUCCAGUAGCAUUUUUAUGGAGUUGAAUCCACUUAUUUUCCCUCCGUCUGUGUCAGUUCCUCCCUACCCCAAACUUGUUUUGAUCAUGGUUAUUUUUUGACCUCUCCCAAAGUCAGUUUUAUCCUAAAUAGGUUAGUGGGGGCAGGGGAGGGGGCACUUAAUGAUGUUAGAAAUGGAAACCACAGAACCCCUGUCUUAACCACUUGGGUGGGAACUCUAGCACAUGAACAUGUCAUUUAAAGUUGUGGAGAGAAAAGGGCAGAUGGGAGCUAGGGGGUUGUACUUAAACCAAGCCCUGUUGAGAUUUGUGUUGUGUUUAGUGCACUGCCUUGCCCUUCUCUUCAAAUACUGUAGAUCAAGAUGUGACUGAGGGGAACUGUUGUGAUAUAAGCACUAAUUCCAUAUUCCCCCGAUAAGUCACUGCACUGAUCUGACUUUAUAAAUCGGUUAUUUAAUAAAAACAACUUUAAAAAUA